UAAAUUUCGUGUAAUUCUUACACGAGUAAGUAAUUGUCAAAGUAAAAAAGCUUUCGUGAAAGUGACAGCGAAGAAACAGAAGUGUCAAAAUAAAAGGAAUCUCAAUUUGAAAAUGCCGGAGAAUAAGGAUAAGAGUGCAAAAUCAUUCAAACAACGAAAGAGUUUUGCUACUAGAAAAGAAGAGGUUGCAGGCAUCAGAUCCAAAUUCCCAACAAAAGUUCCAGUCAUUGUGGAACGAUAUUACAAAGAACAAAACCUUCCAGUGUUGGACAAGACCAAGUUUCUAGUGCCUCAAGAGCUCUCUAUGUCACAGUUUGCUACUAUCAUACGGAAUCGGAUGUCGCUAAAAGAAAACCAAGCAUUUUACCUGAUCAUCAACAACAAGAGCAUAUCAUCAAUGUCUGUCACACUAGCAGAGAUAUAUCGAGAUGACAAAGAUGAAGACGGCUUUCUCUACAUGACCUAUGCAUCACAGGAAAUGUUUGGCUAAAAUCGUUGUAGUUUUUACAUCAUGUACAGAUUUAUAAUUAUAUCCCGUUGAAUGUGCUAUGUUUAUGAUAUUGAUGUCAAAUGUGGUCAUCAUCAUGUGUAAAUAUGGUCUGAUAUGUACUUACAUGGUCACAGAUGUGUUGUGACAAAUUCUAUUAGAACAAUAAUGUACGCGUCUGCAUGGUUGCAUGAUAUAAAUGUACGUGGGGAGGGCACAAAAUGGUAAUGUGUCUCCGACUUUACGCUGUUCUAUAUAGCUAUUUCCAUUUCCUUUUCAGACUGAAUGAUUAAGACGAUUAUGUACCUAAGACACUAAACUGUUAUACUUGACAUUGAUGUGUUUAUGAGUGGGACAUUUUUAUUGAAUAUCAUGUUAAUCCUUAAUUAGUUCAAACAUGGUCAGCUAGCAUCCUUGGGUAGUAUGCUUACUAAGAAUCCAAGGAUCAAAGGUUUGAUCCACGGAACAGGAACCUAACUUAGUCUUGAAAUCCUUUCUUCGGCUAUUUUCUGGCAACUUUUCAUGCAUUUGCACUCUCCAAUUUAAUAAACAAAGUGAAUUAGUUCAUGAAUAAAUUAGAUGUUAGCUAAAUAUGAAUUAAGAUUUAAUGCGGUAUCAAAAGUCAAUCAUUAAUUCAUAUGAGCACAUUAUAUUGAGUAUGAAUUUAAAUAAGAUAUUGGAGGAAAAAUGAUGUUGGUUGCUUGAUUUAUCAUUGAUUCUGUAAAGUCCAUUAUAAUGUUUGAUUGUUCUACAUUUUAUCUGUGCCUGGGAUCUGAAUUGUUUGCCUUGUGUGAGAAAAUGUGGCAAGAAAGGUGUGGCUAUGUGCAUCACAUCAUUGAUAGAGCACAUAAUUAUGCCUUUAAGCCAUUGAUCAUUAUCCCCACGCUUGUUGAAAAGCGUGGGGAUAUUAUGGUUAUCUCCGCAGUCUGUCAGGUUGUCCGUCUGUCUGUCCGUCCGUCCUGGCCACUAUCUCCUCCUACACUAUUCACACUAGAACCUUGAAACUUACACACAUGGUAGCUAUGAGCAUAUGUGCGACCCUGCACUAUUUGGAAUUUUGAUCUGACCCCUGGGUCAAAAGUUAUGGGGGUUGGAUCGGGCCGGAUCAGAUAUUUUCACUCAUUUUUAACCAGGUUUUUAACCAGGUUUUCCGAAGGAAAAAACUGGUUAUUAGAUUGGCGAAUGCGGGCGGACUGGCUGGCUGGCGGGCUGGCGGGCGGGCGGAACAAGCUUGUCCGGGCCAUAACUAUGUUGUUCAUUGUCAGAUUUUAAAAUCAUUUGGCACAUUUGUUCACCAUCAUUGGACGGUGUGUCGUGCGAAAUAAUUAUGUCGAUAUCUCCAAGGUCAAGGUCACACUUUGAGUUCAAAGGUCAAAAAUGGCCAUAAAUGAGCUUGUCCUGGCCAUAACUAUGUCAUUCAUUGUGAGAUUUUAAAAUCAUUUGGCACAUUUGUUCACCAUCAUGGGACGGUGUGUCGCACGAAAGAAUCACGUCAAUAUCUCCAAUGUCAAGGUCGCCACGACUAAAAAUAGAUUUAAAAAAAAAAAAACUUACAAAGGGGGUUAAUUUUGUUUGUUCAUUUCAAAAGUUCAGUUUGAGUUUUCUCCCUUUAUCAGAUUUUUUUUUCACAAUGAAAACCUGGUUUUGUGACAAUUUUGUCCCUAGUUUUAGGUUAUUUUACUAUAAUUUCUUCAUUUUUACACCGAUUCACUUCAAAUUGAUAUUGAACCUUUCUUAUGACAAUACGGUCAAUCUCAGCUAUGCAUGGCCCCAUUACCAGGCCUGGGGCACCCCGCCCACAUAGGCCACGCCCACCCAAAAUUGCCUUUUACUAUAAUUUUUUCAUUUCUACACCGAUUCACUUCAAAAUGAUACUGAACCUCUUUUAUGACAAUACAGUCAAUCUCAACUAUACAUGGCCCCAUUACAAACCCUGGGGUGCCCCGCCUACAUAGGCCGCGCCCACCCAAAAUUGCCUUUUACUAUAAUUUCUUCAUUUCUACACCGAUUUACUUCAAAUUGAUUCUGAACCUCUCUAAUGACAAUAUGGUCAAUCUCAACUAUGUAUGGCCCCAUUACCAACCCUGGGGCGCCAAGCCCACGUAGGCCACGCACCACAAAAUUGCAGUUUUACUAUAAUUUCUUCAUCUCUACACCGAUUCACUUUAAAUUGAUACUGAACUUCUAUUAUGACAAUACGGUCAUCUCAACUAUGCAUGGCCCCAUUACCAACCCUGGGGCGCCCCUGGGUCAAACAUGCGGCGUGGGGAUACGCGUCGGCCUCUGCCGCGCCAUUUCAAGUUCUUAUUGUAUGUGUGUAUAUGUAAAAAGUAGGGUGAGUUGAGCUCAAUGCUCUACACAAACAUGUGCAUUAACCCUUUCCCACUCAGAAGCAAAGUGAAAAUGGCUAUAUGCAAACAGCAUAAAACCAGAACAGCCUGCGAGUAACUCGCAGUCUGUUCAGGUUUUAUGCUGUUUGCUGCUCAUCAGUUUCUAAGGGUUGGAAAUGAAGCCUUUAAAACUUGAAUCUAGUAAGAAAGGUCUUUAAUUAAAUUUUGCUUUUUAAGGGACUGCAAAUGCGUCAAAAUAGGUAUCUAAGUGGUUAAGGGUUAACUCUUUCAGUGCUGGAACCGAAUUUUGAAGGCCUUUGCAAACAGUUUGGAUCCAGAUGAGACGCCACAGAACGUGGCGUCUCAUCAGGAUCCAAACUGUUUGCUAUUCUGAUAGUAUUCUUUGAAAAAAAAUCGCAGAAAAUGCUUAUUUUACAAAUUCAGCAGACAACAUUUUAGCAGACAACAAAUUUCCCAGCAUGCAAACGGUUAAUGGUGCAUAAGAGACGCGCUCUGGGAAAAUCAGGCUUAAUACAUGUUUGUAAACUAAAAGUAUCCUUCCAGAUUGGCUUGAGCAUUUUGCACAUGCUAUUCAGGGACGACACUCUUCGCCUUUACUAAAUUGUCUUUCAGAUGAGACUUCUUUUUAAAUGAAAAAGUCUAUAAAGCAAAAAGUAUUGUCCCAUAUUAACCUUUUGCGGAAUGUAGAGGCAUAUCUUGGACAAGACUCCACACGCAUGCAUGAAGCCUGGUUGUUCCAGAAAAGGUUUAUUUAUAAUUGCAUGUUGUCCCUAUCUUGACAAAGAUGAUAAUAACAAAUUACAAUUGGCAGUCUCAUAAUUGUAAUUGAAUGUCUUGCAUUAAAACUACAAACAUAUUUAAAAUGUUGUCCAAAAAGGUGCAUUUUAUUUAUAAAAGUUGUUAAUAUUUUGAUAAAACAAAGAUCAUCUAAGGAUUCUGUGACAUUUCAUAGUAAAAUCAUUGUUCUUCCAAUGGGCAUACAAUAUCUGUAUUAUCUUACUUUUAAAGCUUUUGCAAUAAAUUGAACUUAAAACACAACAGAAACUACUGCUUAGCUUUUUAAGAAUAAAAGAAACACCUGCAAACAAAUAAUUUAUAAUUUAUAAAUAUGAGAAUCUGUAUGUCUAUAUCAGGCACAAACUGUGUUUACAAGCAUUGUUUCAAACAUAAAACAUGAACUUGAGAAAUCAUAGUGAAACUUGUGCCUUGUAUCUGGUCAAAUAGGGACUUUCUUUUGUCACCUUUUCGAGUUGAUUGCUUUUUGUGAUAAAAGAUUGCUCAGUCUCUGUAUUGAUUGUAGUUGUCUCCCAUUAGUUGUCUCCCAUUAGUUGUCUCCCAUUAGUUGUCUCCCAUUAGUUGUCUCCCAUUAGUUGUCUCCCAUUAGUUAAUAAAUACUGAACAAACUUACGAGAUUCCAUGUUAUGUUUGCAUUUAUGUAACUUGUCAUAUGAUUAUUAAGUAAUGGGUAAGCUUUCAUAUGGUGAAACAGUAUGCAUAUGUAUGUAUAUCUACAACCAAGUGAAUAUUUUUUAUAAGUUGAUUUAAUGAUUUUUGAAAACUUGUUCUAUUUUUAGAAACUUUUACUAUUUUUCAGAAACUUGCUUUUGUUCCCUCACAGAAAAUGAAGAUUAUUUGUAUAUGCAUGUUCUUGUGUUGCUAACAAAGCUAACUAUUAUUUAGUUAGAUAAUACUUAAAAUACUGUUAUAAAUUAUAGGCUGUUGUUAAGGUUGAUAUUACACACUAGCUCAAGAUUAUGGGUGUUAACUUCAUGAAUUUUAUUUUGUUUUUACUCAUAGUCAGUACAAUUUCAUCGCCCAUAAGAUUUCAUGUAUUAUCAAUCACUUUCUUUAUCUUUGUUUUGUUCAUUUCCUUUAUCAUUACACUUUACGCAAAUAUUGUGCAAUAGCAAAACUAUUUUUUCCCAAAUGUUCUUAAAGGGACUUGUUCACAGUUUGGAAAAAUGACAAUUAAAAAUAUGUCUGAUUCAAAAACUCGAAAUAACAUGCUUGACUUAGAAAAAUGUUAAAAAAAUGCAUGCUGGGAAAUUUGUCGUCUGCUAAAAUGUCGUCUGCUCAAUUUCUAAAAUUAGCAUUUUCUUCGAUUUUUUUCAAAGAAUACUAUCAGAAUAGCAAACAGUUUGGAUCCAGUCUCAUCUGGAUCCAAACUGUUUGCAAAGGCCUUUAAAAUUCGGUUCCCGCACUGAAAGGGUUAAACAAAUAUGUGUUCACUCAUUGAUAAUCAUCAAUGGAAUUUUUUUUUUACAAUUUAAUAUUUUGAAUAGAUAAUUUUGCAAAAAUCUGAAUUACAUUGUUUUCACUAUGUUUCAAAUUCAAAAGAUGUAUAAAAUUCAUGGUGUAUUGGUGAAAGGUUUGCUUUUUCUUAAAGUCCCUGGUUUGAUCCUCAGGACAGGAACCUUUUUUAUUUGGUCUUUUUUUUAGUUUUUUUUUAGUUAUUUGAAACUGUUCCAAAAAGUAACCUUUUGUAUGGAAAUUAAUUUUAUUUAUAUUUGUCAAAAAAUACAAAAAUCUGUGAACAAUUCCCAUUUAAAGAAUAAACAAUUUGUGUUAUUUAAAUGUAUUUUAAAUUGAAUACUUCUAUUUUCUCAAUCUUGUAUUUUGUAGGUUUAAAUAUUAAUAUGUGAUCACACUUGCUUUGCAUUCUGUCCUAUCAUUUUGUUUGGGGACUUUGUUUUGAGUUUGUUUUAAUGUUACAUGACUUUGGUCAGAUGUCUGUGAUAAGAAUAAAAUGAGCAGUGCUCUGUGAAAAAGGGGCUAAAUGCAUGUGCGUAAAGUAUCGUCCCAGAUUAGUCUGUGCAGGUUGCACAGGCUAAUCAGGGAUGACACUUUCCGCCUAAACUAGAUUUUCGCUAAGAAGAGACUUUCUUUAAACAGAAAAUAUAAUAAAAUUGGGAAGUGUUGUUCCUGAUUAGCCUGCGCAGACUUUACAGGCUAAUUUGGGAUGAAACUUUACACAUAAGCAUUUAACCCCCUUUUCACAGAGCAUGGCACAAAUAUAUUUGGAGAAGUUUUGGUAUACACAAUGUUCAACUGUAUGUUUAGUAGUUGAAUAAAGGUUGUAAUUAACUGCAUUUAGUAAUUAUAAAUCAGUAGAGCAAUUGUUGUAUGUGUUAAGUAUUGCUUCUGUGUGAAAUGUGAUAUCAUUAUAUUGAUGCAAAUGGAUAUUCAUAAAAAAUGUGCAAAAACUUGUGAAAUGUCAUAGAUUAUUUGUAUAUUUUGUCUGCAUUAUAAAAAAAAUAUUAUGGA